AGCGAGUGAACCAACUCAACAAUGAAAGAAGCGAAAUCCAGUCACUCUACAACGAACCAAACAGCAACUACACUGAAGAAGAACAUUUUUUAUAAGAUACCACGGUCUACCAACACUCAAGAGAACCGCACCAGAUGUUAUAUUAUGCAGUACUUAGAUAUAAAACAUUGAAAACACAACGAAUGACACAAAAACGUUACGAGGAAAUACUACGAAAACAAGGAAUGGAAUACCUAACCAAGAAGAACACCACUACAACCGUAUAAAAAGGCAGGAGCCUUUACUCUUUUUUAAAGGAGGGGAGAGUUAAGGAACAUGUGUUACUUAAUCACAUUUUUGUAUCGAAAACAUAAAUUAUCAACUGGUAACCUAAACAAACAAUAACAAUAGUCUCGCCUAGCAUCAUAAAUGUAACAAACAAAAUGAAUGUGCGAAAAUGUAAACUGCACCAAACUAUCUCAUUAGCAAGUAAGCAAAUAUUGUAAAUGCACUAUCAAUACAACAGACAAUGUAUAUGUGUACAAACCUAAACAAAUAAUAGAAUCUGUAUCUACAGAAACUAUCAACUAGUAAUAAGUAAACAUUCUAGUUAGUAUGAAUAGAAGCAUAACCAUACACGCUUCGUCUUUUGUAUUUUGAAGAUUACGAAAUAAAGAACGUUCUGCUGUCAAGGCAGAACUAAAAUAAUUUUUUUGACUAAAAUAACCCAAGUGUUAUUAAUUCGCGCAGCAAAGAUCAAAUAGAAAGAGAAUCGUGUAUAUCUGAACUAAAACGAAAAUAAUCAAGUUGCUAUAAUUUUGGAGGAAGAAGCGGAAAUAAUCGUGUUGUUGUACUUAAAUAGCGAAUUGUGCAUUUUAACUAAAACUAAUUUAAUAAACGUUUUCUGCAAUUAAAAUAGAAAUAAUAAUUACUUUCGAUAACUAAAAGUGAACUAAUAAAUAUUUUGAACCCGUAUAAUUUUGGGGCAAUCUACUUCUAUAUGCUCUUUUAUUUUCGAUCGUAGCGUUGCUCGUUUUCAUUUUCUCUUUUAAAUGCCUGAAUGCCAACGUAAGUUGAUGCCAAUCGAACUUUCUUGUUGUCUUUCCAAAAAACCGUGUUAAUAUCGACACCAUGUGCAGUACCAACCGUGUUAAUAUCGACACCAUAUGCUUCAGGUAUUACACUAAGCGUUGAUGAUCCGAAAGGUAUGUAUAUCAUCAAUUGAACUUAUAUUCAAAGACCUAUCGGUGAUUUGAAUAAAUGAAUCAGUUGCUUCAUUCAUUUCCUGAAUACACGCUGAAAUAGCAUGUUCAUCUUCCGGAGAGAUUUCAUAAUUUUGAAAAUUUUAAAAUCGGCGCUGGAAUUAAUUGAACUUUAGCACCGAAUUACUGCAUUCAGCAGAUAAUAACAACAAAACGAAAGGUUACAAUACAUUUGUUAAUAUUAAGGAAAUAUAAGUUGAUUUAUUAUUCAACGGUUCUUAAGUUGAAUUCAUUAUAUUUCUUAUGAGUUUGGGACUAUUUAUUAAAGGCCGCCUCAGGGCGGUCUUGCCUGUUAGAAUGUUAAAAGGUGAUGCUUUCGUACUUCUCGGAGCUGUACUAUUUAUGAUUUGCUAUUUAUUUAUGUGGUUGAACUUGAAUAGUGUUGCAAUUAAUUUUGGUAAUUGUUGCAAUGAAUAUUGUUAUGUUGAAAUAAAUUUUGUUUGUGUUAACUCUCCCUCCGCAAAUUCCUACUUGUCCUUAAGUAGGCAUUAAGAGUAUGGAUUGUUGUUGAAUUGUUGAUCUAAGAAAACUGUUUGUUUUUUUCAUGAUUUGUGUCGGCUCUUUUCCAACUUUCUUUGGGUUUUAUGCAAAUAAACCAGUCUUAACCAAUAUUAAUAUUUUGUUUCACUCAUGUUCGAUUUUAUUUCGUGUUUCAUUCAUGCCACUGUAAAUUUCUGAAAAUGUUGUUACGUUAAUUUGCAUUUCAGGUGACGAUUUGAAGACGUUCAAGUUCUAUUGGAUGAAUGGUGAUCUGGGUUUCAAUAUAAUUUUCUCCUUGUUGCUAUUGUUAAUAUUUAUUGUAAAUUCUCAAGCGUUUUUUGAGAAAGAAAGUCAAUAUUUGGUCUGAGAGAUUUCACUAAAUUUAAAAUAACCAAUUGCCUGUAAUAUUAAUUAAAAUUUGGUGAAAAUUACGACGAAAAAAACACGUGCGGUUCUGAAUGCGGUGUAAAUACAAUUGAAUUCAUUAUUCAAAUUCAUAUGUAAAUUACCUCAUAUCUUAAGCUAUUGGUGCAAAAUUUUACAAAUUUUUUAUUUACAAAAAAAGAAUAAGUUUAAUUCAUUUUCUAAACUUAUAAUAAUAGAUUAAAGUGAGUAUGUAAAAUAUUGGGUAGUCGAAAAAGUCUUUUCGUAUUUCUAAUCAAACUUCAACAUAUUUUUUUAUAUUUAUAAUAAUAACAACACAUUUUUUUAUAUUUAUAUUUAUAAUAAUAAAUAUAUAAAAAAUAUGUAUAAUUUUCGUCGACAACGUAUUGCCAAUUUCCCGCUAGAGACAUUAUUCCAUCAGUGCAAGUUAACGGCAGCAGCCACACAGUGACCUAAAGAUAAAUAUAAACAAAUUGUAUCUUCUCACAGUAUUACUGCUUGGUCAGCAGAAUACUUUAAUUAAUAAGAAAUCAAUACAUCACUUGUUUUGAUAAGUAAGCAAAAUUCAAUAUUCCAUUAUUUGUUUUGAUAAUGAGAAUAAUUGGAAAUCCAAUGCUCUGGCAUUUCAUCACUUAAUGUAAUGCCACAGCAUCAUUAGUAAUAAGCAUAGAAUUAUAAGAAUAUAAAUAUAAGUGCUUUUACUAAUAAAGAUCAGUGUAUAAUCGGCAAGCGUAUUGAGAGAUCAUCUUGAUGAUCAAAGCGCACCAUAUAACGGGUGAUUUUUUUGAGGUUAGGAUUUUCAUGCAUUAGUAUUUGACAGAUCACGUGGGAUUUCAGACAUGGUGUCAAAGAGAAAGAUGCUCAGUAUGCUUUGACAUUUCAUCAUGAAUAGACUUACUAACGAGCAACGCUUGCAAAUCAUUGAAUUUUAUUACCAAAAUCAGUGUUCGGUUCGAAAUGUGUUUAUCGACAAAUUUUGUUCAGCGAUGAGGCUCAUUUCUGUUGAAUGGCUACGUAAAUAAGCAAAAUUGCCGCAUUUGGGGUGAAGAGCAACCAGAAGCCGUUCAAGAACUGCCCAUGCAUCCCGAAAAAUGCACUGUUUGGUGUGGUUUGUACGCUGGUGGAAUCAUUGGACCGUAUUUUUUCAAAGAUGCUGUUGGACGCAACGUUACGGUGAAUGGCGAUCGCUAUCGUUCGAUGCUAACAAACUUUUUGUUGCCAAAAAUGGAAGAACUGAACUUGGUUGACAUGUGGUUUCAACAAGAUGGCGCUACAUGCCACACAGCUCGCGAUUCUAUGGCCAUUUUGAGGGAAAACUUCGGACAACAAUUCAUCUCAAGAAAUGGACCCGUAAGUUGGCCACCAAGAUCAUGCGAUUUAACGCCUUUAGACUAUUUUUUGUGGGGCUACGUCAAGUCUAAAGUCUACAGAAAUAAGCCAGCAACUAUUCCAGCUUUGGAAGACAACAUUUCCGAAGAAAUUCGGGCUAUUCCGGCCGAAAUGCUCGAAAAAGUUGCCCAAAAUUGGACUUUCCGAAUGGACCACCUAAGACGCAGCCGCGGUCAACAUUUAAAUGAAAUUAUCUUCAAAAAGUAAAUGUCAUGAACCAAUCUAACGUUUCAAAAAAAGAACCGAUGAGAUUUUGCAAAUUUUAUGCGUUUUUUUUUUAAAAAAAGUUAUCAAGCUCUUAAAAAAUCACCCUAUAUUAUCGCACUCAAACUAACACUUGUGUUUUAUUUCUACCGCGCGUAGCGGAACGGAAUACAUUUUUUGAAUACUUCCCACGCAAGAGAAGUUAAUUUGCAUACCUCUCAUAAGUGUAAACCGAAAUUUCGAAAUUGUCAGAACGGAAGCGACCGAACCAUAAACCAAUUUCAUUGGCGGCUUGCGUUUCUUCCCUUUUGUAUACAAAAAUUUCAAAAUUUUGAUAAUAAUUCCUUUAAAGUAUGUCGAAAAAUUGCAAAUCCAACAAAAACUAUUUAAAACCAAAACUAUCGAAUAUGUGGGCACCAGUAUCUACAAUAUAGUUUUGACCGAAAAUAUCGGUCAAUGUAUGAGAUAUACAAUACAAUCCAGAAUCCUUUCCUCACAAUAGUUAUUCUGUUUAUGAAAAAUGGGUUGAAUAGGGUCAAUACUUCCAUUAGCCAAUACCUAACACAAAGAUUUUCGAACUUCCAAGUGACCUUAUGCUGGAUAUAUGGACCAAUAUUUGAGUUAUCUCAACGAAAAUUACAGAACAUGUUUUGUUCAUAACAGCAUAAUUGUGUGCCUAAAAUAGAUACAAUUGGGCGAAAAACUUGACCUAGCCUCCAUAUAACCAUUACAACCAUACUGCUGACCUUGCUUCAUUUGAUUGUAAGUGCUGAAUUAGCAUCUUUCAUCUGUAGCCCAGUAGCGUUAAGUUUUAGCGUCAAUGGAUCCCAUAGCUUAGAAAAAUAACACACAUUUUGCCUCCGAUUGUUUGUAACUGAUUUUUUUAAAACUUUUUGUUUUUAAUUUUUCCUAUAACGUUUCUCAAAUAGUUAACGAGUAACAUUUCGAUUAUUUCGUACAAACGAAAACACGUUAUCGACUGAGGUAAUUUCACAUUUCGGAAGUGCGUUUUCGAUAACGAGUACAACGAUCCGAAAACAAAAAAUAAACAUGAAUUUCGCUCGUUAACGAGUAUUAAUAUAUAUAAACAGUUUGCCGUGCAAACAGUUACCUCGUAAUAUUCGUUUAAAAAAAAAAGUCGUUUUGAAAAGAAAAAGUGAAGCCAUUUUACGCAAGUUACAUUCAACACCACUUGGCCUGGAAGAACUUAAUUCCAUGGAUCAUGCAGAGCUGUCAGUCAGAUCUGAACAGCUCGAUCGUAUUCAACAUCAAUUCGAAUUAACGCAGUCACAAUUGGAGGAAGAGGACCCUGAUGAGCUUGAAACCACCACUCGCGAUGAAUUCGCGGCAACUUUCAUCAGAGUUAAGGCAGCGUUUACGAGGGAGUUAAACAAGUUGGAUCCUCAAGUAAUGUCAUCUACGAGACAUCAACCUUUACAGGAGCAACCAUCGGUCAUUGUGAUGAAACAACCAAAGUCUCGUCUGCCGCAGUUGCAGCUACCGUCAUUUGGAGGAGCGUAUACAGAUUGGCCGAACUUUUUUGGCAUGUUUCAAACAAUAGUACACGAUGACACAGAAUUGUCAAACUUGGAAAAAUUCCAGCAUCUUCGUUCAUGCCUAAAGGGAGCAGCACUGGAUACUAUCCAAUCACUUGAAAUGCGUGACGAAAACUACACAAUUGCUAUGAAAUUACUUAGUCAAAGAUUCAGUAAUCGACGUUUGAUUUUUCAGGCAUACAUUCAAGAGCUAUUCGGAUUACAGAGGGUGAGCACUGACAAGAAAUCAGGAGAGUUGCGUUCGCUGGUGGACAAAUUAGUAUCGCAUGUUCGAGCCUUGCAUUCGUUGGGUACGUUCGAACAAAUAGCUGAUUGUUUGCUUCAGUAUAUCGCAGCACAGAAAUUGGAUCCCGAAACACACGCAUUAUGGGAAGAAAAGGUUCCAGUUGACGAGUUGCCCACGUGGACGGACAUGGCUACGUUCUUUCAGAGGAGAUGUCAAACAUUAGAAAAUGUGACUCAUGCUAUGGUAACAAAAACACCUAGCACACAGGUGAGCAAUACAAAGUAUCGUAAAAAUGCAUUUGUUGUUUCUAAGACUUCCACCAAAAUUUGUGCGAUUUGUCAAAAACAUGACCAUAUUGUGUACACGUGCCCACUAUUCGCAAGUUUGAGUCCAAGUGACAGGUGGAAGGAAGCCAAAAGAGCACAUCUGUGCAUAAAUUGUCUCAAACCAGGACAUCAGGUGCAGCAAUGUAAAUCUUCUACAUGUUGUUGUUGCUCAAUGAAGCAUCAUACCCUGCUGCAUUUUACUCAAGUCCACCAAACCGUAACUAGUAUUUUAGAAACCACAUCUGGUCCAUCACAGCCAGCUGUCCUCGUCACAAGGACAUCAAAAAGUCGCUCACCUUCACCUCUGUCACGCUCUUGUUCAACUGAAUGUGUGCUUCUUGCAACUGCUAUUGUUUUCGUUCGGAACAGUGUCGGAUCGCUAAUACCAUGUCGUGCGAUCCUCGAUUCUGGUUCACAACUCAACUUUAUAACGAUGAGAUUAGCAAAUCAAUUACAAAUUAAAAAAUCAAAAUCGUCUUUAGCAGUUUCUGGUAUCGGAGAUUCGGAACUUAUUGUUAAUUCUAGCGUCAACAUUUCAAUUCAUUCUGUACAUAACAGCUUCAGUGCCAAUUUAGAAUCUGCGGUAACUCCAACAAUCACCGAUUAUCAGCCAAACUAUCCACCCGAAGUCAGUGAUUGGGAUAUUCCAGCGAAUAUCAACUUAGCUGAUCCUGAAGCUCCAACGUGUGGAUCUUCUCAUAGGUGCAAGCAUAUUUUUUGA